AUGGCGUCCGCAAUCGCAAAGGCAACCCGCACCGAGGCGGACUUGGACCGCGUGCCCGUCCGAGUAUUCCGCUUCAUCCGCAUCGCGGGUGCCGGCGGCCUGGCGUACGCGGCGUACAAGAUCCAUUGGCGCAUCGUGUUGGCCACUUUCUUCACGGGGCCGGGGCGCUUCAGCCGUAUCUUGAUGCUUCUUUUCGCCCUUCUUAACCUAAAGAACAUGCCCUUCGUCUGGACCUACCGUGUGUGGCACGCAAUCAUCUUCCACCUCUUCAUCCGCAAGUCCCCUUGCCUCGGCCCUCGCUCCCUCUUCCGCCCCAUGAUCUCCGAAUCCCACGCGCCCAUAAUGGAAAUCGACUACAACAUUCACAAGUCCAACUCCACCUACUUCUCCGACCUCGACGUCUCCCGCACGCACCUGUGCACAUACCUCAUCCGCCCCGGCUUCCGUAAGCUGACGCACAACGCCACGACAAAACUCGUCAUGGACCCGCGGACCGGAAAGCCCGCCAAGGGUUCCCUGGGAAUCAUGCUGGGCGCCGUACACUGCUCCUUCCGCCGCGAGAUCACGGCCUACGCGCCGUACGAGAUGUGGUCGAGGAUCCUGUCGUGGGACAAGAAGUGGCUUUACAUCGUCACGCACUUCGUCCCCAAGGGCACGGCGCGUCCCACCGAGUGGCUCGACCCCAAGUUUGGCACCGCGCGCGUGCGCAGGGGUCCCGGUAGCAACACCGACAGCAAGGAGUGGGAGAAGAAGAUUUACGCGACUGGCGUAAGCAAGUACGUCUUCAAGAUCGGCCGUCUGACGGUCCACCCUGCCGUUGCGCUCGAGGCGAGCGAGUUGCUCCCUCAGAGACCCGGCGGCUGGCAGGGCGGAGCCAACGGUGUUGGUGACGAGGACGUCGAUCUCAGCGACGUCCAGAACGACGGAGCUUGGGAUUGGAAAAUGGUUGAGAAGAGACGGCGCGACGGCAUGGUUUACGCGCAGCAGUUCGCCAGCAUGGAUGACCUCCACGGAUGGCUUGACGGCGCUGAUGGCGGUGACGGUAGCGCCCUGGGCAAGUUUGGACUUGGCUAA